AUCUUCGCGUCUUCCAUCUUUGCGGGCUUUGCGGUGUGAGUCGUCUUCCAUCGAUGAUGAAGACCUUUUCGGUGCUGCUGGCCCUGUGUGCAUGCGUCUCCCUCGGACGCCGCCACAGCCGCCGACGUCAUCUCACCCCUACAGGCGAUGAAGAGAGCGAGGCCCUCCACCACGUAUGUCACAGAUCUACAGCCCUCUGCACUCCACACACAAGAAAGACGCACUCUCUCAGUGGGUGUGUGGUCACAUGAGUGUGUCUGGGUGCUGCUCCCUCUUUCUGUUCCAUUGCAGGGUGCCUUUGUGGUGUUCGCCAACCGCACCAUCUACCUCGUUGACCCAGACAGCGCUGUGUAAGCGGGAAAACACCAUUCACCAGGCGUACAUACUAUAGAGUGUCUGUACUCACUGCGUGGUUGGGCGUUGCUUUGCGUGUGUGCGUGCAGGGCCUUCGACAGGAUUGAGGUGGAUGUGGAGAAGUGGGGAGACCCGGCAGCCAGCGGCAUCAGUGAUGAGCAGAUGGGCGUCAUCCCGGCACAGGUGACACAAAUACACAUGCCCACAGAUCCACUCGACGGUCGUGUGUUAGGCUCUGCCGCCUGUCCACCCACCCACCCGUUGCCGUGUUUUCUGUCAUUCAUUCAGUAUGAGGAUAAGCCUGGGGAGUUGUGGACGUACGAGUUUCAUGACCACUUCGAGAUCAUGACAAAGCUGCCGGUGAGAGAGAGGCACGCACAGGGCGAGAGAGAAAGACAGACACACGAGGUGUCUGUCGAAUCAACCAACCAACCAACGCACGUACAUGUGUGUGUACUCUCUCCAGCUGGGCGAGCGUCCGGUGCACACCUACUGGGUCGACUACCUCCAUGAGUGGUGGGUCCAUCCUGAUGGUGAUGGGCACUUCGACAUCCUCAGCCCCGAUGACAUCGAGAAGCUCGACUUUGAGAAUUUGAAGGCGUAUGCGGCCAACCCGAGCCACGGGAAGCUCGUGUGGGACGAAGAAUGGGCACCGAUCGGGUUUGCUACCACCACCGGUAAGCUGAAGUGACUUGCUUACACGUGCACUGCACGCACGUAUGUCAUUCAUCGAUCGCGUGUUUGGUGCGGCGGGCCGGGUGUGUGUGCAGAGGACCCGGGCAUUCACGAGCUUGACCUCCAGAAGCGGGAGUACAUCAAGUUCCACAACCUUUCCCAGCCCAUCGACGACUCGGGUGUGGGCUGCGAGGGCACACACGCCAUCGCCCACUACGCCAACAACGAGGUCAUCCUCAUCGAGUGCAGUAGGCCUUCAGACGCCAGGUCGAUCUGGGAGUUCGACUUCGAGCGCCGCCAGCCAAUCCAGCGCUUCAACUUCUCGGGGCCCAUAUACCCGGUCCCACAGUACGAGAACUCACCAUGGGGAUAUCACUCGAGUCUGGCGCUUGUGGGCGACAAGAACAACGACCGUGUCCACAUCCUCCGUAAAGACAAUGCGUCGGCGGACACGGAGGUCAUCAGCAUUGAGGUCCCCGGCGGGCCUGGCAAGACAUCCUUCAUCAACACAGUGGACGACCCGGACGCACCUGCAGACUGGCUGGUGAGGGAUCAAAACGGUCGAAGGAGCGAGCUUGGAUGUAUGGUGGGCAUGGUCUCUCGUUUGUGUGUGUGUGUGGGUGUGUGUAGGCCUUUGUUGCCCUUGAGUCAAACAGGUCUGACAGCGGCGUGGCUGUGCUGGAUCUGGGCAGAAUCCUCGAGGGCGACCUCACCUACGAUGUCAUCAGUGAGCGACCCACUGAGAGGCACACACACACUCAACGCGCAUCUAUGGAAUGGCUGUAUCGUAUCGUGUUGUGGCAUGCCUCAGAGGUCGGCCCAGGGAACAAGUACCGUCCAAUAGAGCGCGGCGGCGAUAGGUGGAUCGCCACUCCCGUGGCUGACGAGUAGGCGCACAGCACCUAUCUAUCCCACACACACGUGCACCGAUUGUCCCUUCGCUGGCGGUUCAGGGAGACUGGGAGUUAUAGCGGCCUUGCGAUCAUCGACGCACUCACUCGCGAGUUCCGCAUCGUGCCCAACAUCAAGUAAGGCAGGCAGCGACACGUGCAAGGUAGACGUCUGUCUUUGUGUGAUGUGUGUGAUGUCGGCGUGUGGAUCAGUGACACGUCGCGUCUGAUCUGGAUGGCGGAUUGGUCUCACUACGCCGAGGAGAACGAGAUCCACGAGCUGCAUGAGUACAUUGAAGAACUUGAGCAUCGAAUCGAGGUCAGCCACACACACACACACCCCACCUCUUCGAUGGACGGAUCAACCUUUCUGCUUUGUGUCUAUGUGUAUUGGAUCUCCGUCUGUCAGCAACUUGAGCGCACUGUGGGCUCCAUCGGCAACACACCGUCAGGAGGCGAGCGCCGAUCGCUGAGGAAGCUCAAGUCCAGGAGAGCCUGAUGAGCCUGAUCCAUCAGUCUGUCUAUCGCAUAUUCAUGUCUGUCCAUCCAUCGCAGUACAGUCUUGUCUAGGUUCAUUCCAUUGCGGUUGCAUUGCUGCUGAUGAAGCUUUUGGCAAUGUCUCUAGCACACUGCCUCGCCAGGUGCUUUAUCACCAGCAGUGCAACGCGUGGAGGCCCGCCGCGGCCCGACAUGGGCUGUCGGCAGCAAGCAAGUUUCUCUGUGGCCGUCUUGAGCGACUCGGCCGGCUUUCUUGAGUCCAUGCGUCUGUGUGUGUCUCCUUGCAGUGGGGGAGAAGGGGUAAUCGCAGAGCAUGACGAUGGUGUGCUGGUGAGACGGGAGUGACCUCACCAAAUGAUGUCUGCCUGUGUUGUCGGGGCGAACAUUUGGUGCGUCGGGCUGCUUUGAGGCAGAUACAUGCAUGAUAGCGCUGUGGAG